UUUUCGCCAUAUCGACAUUUGGUCACACAGCUUUAUCGAACAAACAAACUUUAUAUUUUUUGCAAAAUUGUUAAGCUAAAUUUGUAGUCAUUAUGUCGCAAGAAGUCGAAGAAACGCUCAAACGAAUUCAAAGUCACAAAGGCGUCGUUGGCACAAUUGUCGUCAAUAAUGAAGGUAUUCCAGUGAAGUCAACACUAGACAAUACGACGACCGUACAAUACGCUGGAUUGAUGAGUCAGCUGGCAGAUAAGGCUCGCAGUGUGGUGCGUGAUCUGGAUCCAUCUAACGAUAUGACAUUCCUACGAGUCCGUUCCAAGAAGCACGAAAUUAUGGUCGCUCCCGACAAGGACUUUAUUCUUAUUGUUAUUCAAAAUCCAACAGAUUAAAUCCAUACUCAUAAUGAAGGCUAUAUGAAGUGCAGUGAUUUUCGUAUCCCUUUAAUGUAUUUAUUGUACGAUGUAUGGGAGGACAAUUUUAACUUAACAAGUAAAUAAUUUACAAAAGGCA